AUGGAGACCGUUCAGUUCACUGAGGGUAUGGUUCUGACGGAGUUGCUGAGGCUAAAGGAAUCUAAAUCACCAGGCCCCGAUGAGAUUCCGGCGAAGAUUUCGAAGGAACUCGCCUGUGAGUUGUUUAAGCCACUCUCCUUGCUUUUCCAUACAUCCUUCGAGACCGGAUAUCUGUCACCCGACUGGAAGUCGGCGUGGAUUACGCCGCUGUACGUGGGCGUAAGUCGGGUCUCUGCGAACAAUUACAGACCUGUCAGCCUCACCUCCAUUUGCUGCAAGAUUAUGGAGAAGAUAAUAAAGCAACAAUUAAUGCAGUUCCUUGAACAAAACCAUUUGCUUUCCGAUUCUCAGCAUGGAAUCCGCAAAAGCAGAUCUUGUGUGACAAACCUGCUCUAUUGUCUGGAACACUGGACUAGGGCUGUUGAUAGAGGAGAUAUGGUACAUGCCAUCUAUACUGACUUUAAUAAGGCCUUCGAUAGUGUGCCUCACCACCGCCUUCUAUACAAACUACGCCCUGCAGGAGUGCGAGGUAAGCUUCUGAUGUGGAUUCUGAGCUUUUUAAUCGGCCGCUCUCAAGCCGUCCACGUCAGUGACCCGCAAUCUGCCGAGGUUGUCGUUAGGAUUGGUGUUCCCCAAGGCUCUGUUCUUGGCCCUACACUGCUCCUCGUCUACGUCGAUGACUGCGCAAACGAACUGGAUUGCGAUGCCGCAAUGUUUGCCGUUGACAUAAAGAUCUGGAGUACCAUACAAAGCGAAGUUGACGAGACGCGACUGCAGACAAAUCUGGACCACCUCGAGCAGUGGUCGAAAGGCUGGCUUCUACCGUUCAACGUAAACAAGUGUAUUUUCCUACGCGUCGGCAGAACCAGUUCUCCUAACCGCACGGUCUACCGUCUGACUGGCAAACCACUGCAAGAAGUCGACGCCCAGAAGAACUUGGGUGUAUGGAUCACAAAAGCGCUUAAGCCUUCGCUGCAAUGUUCAAAGGUGGCCAAGUCGGCGAUGUCCAUGCUAUACCUUGUCAAACGGGCGUUCUCCUCCCUUGAUGAAGACUGCUUCGUCAAGGUAUUUCAAACUUUCGCGCGACCGCAUCUGGAGUUUGCUAUCCAAGCAUGGAGACCCUGGACCGCUAAAGACUUUGGCAUACUCGAAAAGGUUCAACGGUGGGGAACGAACUUGUAUCUGGGAGUGGUCACUACCCUACGAAACGCGAUUAGCUAA